GCGUCAGGGAAAUUCGCGGUUAAGAUGUCUGGACCGUGGAGUUAUCAAGUUACAAGCAAGUCAGGUGAGCAUUUUCAUGUCGUUCUGGACGAGUGUACGUGUACGUGUCUUAGGUACACAAAGUUGAGAAUCUCAUGUGAACACGGUCUAGCAGCUGCAAUCGAGUUUGGAAUAGAUCCGAAGGUUGUUGUAGGAUGGUGGUAUGACCUUCAAACGUUUUCCGAUUCUUUUCAAGAACCGAUUCUACCUAUCGCGGAUCCGAAGGAUGUUGUCAUCCCACAACAUAUAUCGGAUUUGAUACUAAUUCCUCUAUACAGUAGACGACCACCAGGAAGACCAACAACCAAAAGGAUUCCAUCUAGAGGUGAAAACCGGAAAAAGAGACAGAAAAGACUUAUUCCAAAUCAGUGCACACGAUGUAGACAAGCAGGUCAUAACAAGAAGACUUGUAAAAAUCCUAUUUAGUUCUCCUCAUAAGCUUUAUGUCUCCGCGAAGACAGUGUACGUUUAUGUGUGGACAGUGUGUACCAAAGUGUUGUGACGGUGUACGUACGUUUAAUGUUUGCCAUCGAAUAACUAUGUACAUUUUCUGAGUGUACGUUUUUGUUAGUGUACGUGUUUGUUGUGUCUGUGUACGUAUAAUCUUCAUGCAAUAAACGGUUACAAACGGUUACACACA